CAUACGUCCGCCCCUGAUGACACCGGCUCCGAAGCGUAACGCUUGCUGCAAUCAUUCACACCACAUUAAAGCUAUCAUUAACGUGAUUCACACCAAUGAUCCCACUCCUUUGCAUUCAAUCGGUUUUAGUAUCUGUUUUGCACGAACUCCAUCAAUGGCGACAUCCCACCUUCUUCUUGCUGAUUCGAAAGCUGGACGUUGACUGAUAAGGAAAGCAGGGACGACGAGGAUGGCUUCCUCAUUGGGUUGUCUCACCGACUCACUCCCUCAACUUAACACUUCCUUCCUUCAACUCCAAGUCCGAGUUAUAGAUAAGGAUGAGAAUUAAAAGAAGCACACACCAAGACCAAAACGCUAAGGCUAUCUCUCUUUGAAAACGCUAAGUUCUUGCGGCAACAUCUCACCCAUUAGGUAUAUGAAAAUCCAUUUUCGCUUUUGCUUAAAGCAUCGAACUGGAAGCUUGGAUUUUGGGGUUACCCUUCUUAGCUUUCUUAAGGUUCACACGAAAACGUAGAGGAGAGCUCGAAUGGCUGUUUGACAAGCAAGAAAAGCAGUGAACUAAUGAUUGUUGACAUGCUACUCCUUGACAAGAAGGCAACGCUGAUUCAAGGAUCUGUUAGUGCGAGCCUUGAUCUACAUACAUGUUCGUAACGGUACACACUAAUGUCAAUAAAUCAAGACACUGAUUUGGUUGUUCCGUAUCAUUUCCAGCUCUUGACACAUCAGUUGUUGUUCUCGAGCUUCCUGACAAAACAAACUCCCUCCAAAGAUUGCGACAGCAGAGAAAUCUAAGCAUGUCGCUUCAGCCAACCCGAGCAAGCCAGCUGGUAAUGUGAAGAGUGUCAUAGAAAAUUCAGCUCUAUUAAUAUUCAAGAACCCAGAGAAAUUUGUGGAGAAUUAUUUUGGACAAAACAUCGGCUCUGUUGUUGUCUGAGUCAAUCACUUCACCGUCCUUCAGGGUUACGUUUCAAAGCUCCACCUAUAAAUCUGCGAUGAACAGGAUCACAUCAACAAAAUCGAAUAUACCUUCUCCGUCAAGCACCAUCUCCGUCCAUGGCAACCUCGCACCUUCUGGUGAAAUUCUGGGUGGCACGCAUUGUCAAGAAAGGCAGCGAGCGGGGUGUGGACAUGCUCCUAUGGCGAGAAGAGCUUUCUUUAAAACUUUCUUUUAAGACACACCAGCUGGUAAAGUGCUCAUCAACUACUAUUGUAAGAGCCCGAAAGCUUCAUCUCUUGAGUUUACAAAGUACAUCAAACGAGAGGAUAUGAUCUCCAUGAUGUUCAAGCAUAUGUGCAGGUGUGUUUUCUUAGUCAAUGAUAUGAGGUUAUGUACUAGAACACAGCUUAUAGUGAAGUUUUUCUUACGCCGGUACGAAGUUCCAGCCGAAGCGACCGUAAGAGGAGGUUCGGUUUGUAUGCAGACCCGGAGAUAACUGGAGACAAAAAAUUCCAGUUUACUCAUUUUCUACUUUUUUCCUUUGCCCAACCAUUUUAGUUAAGACUGAAAAUGAUUUUAUUUUAUAAGCUCAAACCAUUAUUGUUUCGCCAUACUUCAGUCUAUAUUAUUUGAAUAUUCAACACUCACCUAUCUUGACCAUUUUUGUUCCUCAGAACAGAGGAAUCCAAGACCCUCAAGGUUGAGCCAUUCCCCAAUGCUUAAAAGAUACAGCAUCCAAAUGAAGCUUACUCAAUUCAAUUUCUCUUUGAAACAUUCAAGUUUCACUGUCUCCAGAAUUUAUGACCACCACCAGCGACCACCCAUACCUAAUUUUGACAAUCGAAGGUAAUGACUACCCCAGUGAUGACAUGCUUGGUAUUGGAGAUGUGGAGACAAGUCCCUCUCCUGUUGUGAACAGAAAUGUGUCAGUGAACACAACAGAUUGUACUGCUGACGGUAUGGUUGUAGGUGAAACAACUGAGACAAAUGCACCAAGUGAUCCCUGUUGAUGCCAAAAAUACUGGAGAGGAAGAACCAGCUCGGGAGGAUGCAGACUCCACUAAGAAGACCCCACAUAAAUUGAAAUCUCACCUACGAAGGGAAGGAGUCUGUGUGAAGACUUUUCUUUUUUUUUUGUAACACUUUUCAUUCUGAACAUUUUUCAAAUGAGUUUUCUCUAUUUUAAGUUUUAGUUCAUUUCAUGGGAAGUCUACUUAGUCACAUUAAAUAAAAAAAAAGCUCAGUUUUCAGGUUUUCUUCACUUACUGUGGGAAUCAAUUAAAGAGAUCAAACUUGCACUCUAUUAUAGCAAUGGUAAAAGGGUCUCUUCUGAAGGUUUUAGAAAAUAAACGUCUAACGUCAGACAUUUGUAUUGUAUUAUAGACUGUGGUUCCACGUGAUAGGAAUCAUCCACAUAGGUCACAUCAAAUAGCUAAAUAAGCAAACCGAAGACCUUCUCUCUACAGCUAUAAUGUCUUAACGAAUGUAUCAUCGCUAAGAGUGCAUCAAACACAAAAUAAGUUACUAUCCAAGUUAGCACACCUGCACACCCAACAAUUCUCCUAUGUCCUAUCUUCAUAUUGCAAAAUAGUCAAAUCCCAGAAACCUAAAGACAUCACAUCUUUACACAUGAAAUGGCAUAGCACAUUAUUCAGCUGACAAAAGUCCAACACACAUUUACAAGCAAUCAACAACUGAAUUUACUUUAUUAUGAUUAUCAGUUUUUUUAUUCAACUUUUAUUGAAUCAUUCAGUCACAACCACUUGUUAUUUCAUAUUCACUUAAGCAACUUCAAAACAAAGUAAAUACAUUACGUCGCUAACCAUAUCAAAUGGUUCUUGAAAUAAUAUCAUUCUUUUUAACAUAUAUUCACCUUCAUAUUUUUGAACAUAUUUUAUUUAUUAAGACAAUAAAAUAAAUUGUAAAUUCAAGAAUAAAAUAUACGAACCCCCUGUGCGUAGCCGGAAGACCACUAGUCUUAUCAUAUAUUCGAUUAAAGAAAAAAUAAGCAAUCUCGUAAUUAUAGAAAUAUGUUACAAUUCCUACAUUCGAGGUUAGCAGUGGGAUAAUACAAAUCGUGUGAUCGUAAGAGGUAGAAUAUGUCGCACCUUUUUUUCGCCGCAAAUACUUAGUCUUAGCUCCACUCUGCUCUCUUUUUACCAAUCAGGCAACCACACACCUUUUAUCCAAUAUCCAUAUCCCUCCGAGUCUUCUACACAAACAUCUUAAGGCUUAUUUCACAGAGAAACAAGUAUCAAAGAAGUGCAAAGAGUUUAUCAACACAAUGUAUAUUUUACCGUCUGAAUCAAAACGCCUCUUUUUGGUCCCUAUCUUGGCCGUGAUGGCCAUACAAUUUCUCUUUGUACGCACUGUUUCGUCAGUGAACAUGACGAAUACAUAUCUACACCACAAAUGCUUUGUCGAUCAAGGGAAAUACGAGCCGGGAAGUAAGUAUGAGGAAAACCUAAACUUUAUCAUCGAACCAAUCCCUGUAACGAGUGAGAGUUUUGAAAGAGGUACCAAAAUGGAAAUGAUCGGUGAAGGUCCUGAUUUAAUAUCCUUCACCCUUCAGUGCCGCGGCGAUAUCAGUGGGCCUAGAUGCCGUUCUUGCUAUGCUACUGCCCUUUCCGCGCUUCACAGAAGAUGUCCGGGAUACAAAGGACGAAUGAUAUGGUACGACCAAUGCAUUCUCGAGAUAUCUACGAUUGAUUCUUUAGAUAAGAUCGACUACUACAACAAUUUAUGUGUGUCGAAUGCAAAAAAAAUGAUGGCCCAUUAUUAUUCCAACUCGGAUUGGCUGGAUCUCAUCCACAAUCUGACAACUAAAGCCAUUCGUCAUGGCAAUUCAAAAGGGAUGUACUACGCAGCGGGGGAGACGAGGCUCGGAAUGGAUAACAUAUAUGCAAUGGUGCAGUGUUCUUUUUACUUGUCGUCAAAGGAUUGCGAGAAGUGUCUCAGACAUAAUAUCAAGCAUUAUCAAGAAUGCUGUUUUAAUAGACAAGGAGCGAGAGUUUUAGGUAAAAGUUGUAGCUUUAGGUAUGAAUUUUACCCUUUCCUUCUUGAGAAGAGCCGUCCUAAAUAUUUGAAAAUUUAGAAAGUAGUUUGAAACAAUGUGUCUUUUUUUCAUAAGCUUUAAAUAUUGUUUUGUAUUGAAAUAUUUGAAUAUAUUAUUGGGAAAUUUAAUUGUAUAACAAAAAAAUAUAAUUAAGCAAAUGC